AUGGAGAACUUCGAAAAUCACUUCCCCACAUUCAAGGGUUCCACGAUCCAGGGUUGGUUGGUGUCAGCGCUCGAGCUCGGUGCCUGGGCUGGGGCUUUGAUCAACGGGAUUCUCGCAGAUCGUAUCUCCCGUAAGUAUGCCAUGAUGGUUGCUGUCAUCAUCUUCACCCUGGGCACUGGUCUCCAGGCCGGUGCACAGAAUCCUGCGUACUUCUUCGCCGGCAGAAUCAUUGGUGGUCUUGGCAUCGGUAUGUUCAGUAUGGUUAUCCCACUGUACCAAGCCGAGAUUGCUCCCCCUGAGCUACGUGGAUCGCUUGUUUCCCUCCAGCAGUUGUCCAUCACUGUCGGUACUGCCAUUUCCUUCUGGCUCGACUAUGGUAUGCAGUUCGUCGGCGGCAACACCUGUCAGCCGGAGGGUAUAUCGAAUCCGUACCUGAGUGACGGGAAGUACAAUGCCGCUCAGAACCACGGCCAUACCUGUUUGGGUCAGAAGACUAUCGCGUGGAGACUUCCUUUGGCUUUACAGAUUAUCCCAGCUUGGAUUCUGUUCUUCGGUCUCUUCUUCUUUCCCUUCUCACCACGUUGGUUGAUGAUGAAGCACCGUGAUGAGGAUGCCCAGGAGUCCAUUUCCAGGCUGCGGCGACUGCCUGUGAACGAUCCACUUGUUCGCGCUGAGUACCUUGAGAUCAAGGCUGCUGUGAUGUUUGAUGAAGAGACUGAGAAUGAGGUAAUUGGGUCUGGAGGUGCACUGACUCCCUGGAAAGCCCUGUUUGCCUCCAACAUGUUCAAGCGCCUACCGCUCGGUUGCGGUAUGACGGUUUUCCAGCAGUUCACUGGCAUUAAUGCCGUGCUCUACUAUGCACCCCAGAUUUUCUCUUCGGUGAGUGAUUCCUUCUUCCUCAAACACCCUUUUGAAUAUUCAAUCAAAGGAAUAGUGCUAGCGAACUGUUACAAAUCAACCCGCUAA